AUGGGUGAAGAUUGUACAUUAUUAUCAGGUAAUGGGCAUCUAGAACAUCAAGCUGCUACAGGAUCAGCUUUUGUUAUGUCUACUCAGAUUUCAUCUUCCUCUAAUAAUGGUAAUAAUAACAGUAAUGGAACAGAAAGGCAAACACCAGAAAUAAGGAAAAGAAUUCAUACACGACAAAACUCAAUAAAUAUUUCUAGUGAUGAUGAUCAAGAUAUUUGGUGUGUUAAUGGUUCUAAUCAUAUUAAUAGUAUGACUACAGAUUAUGGAGUUUCUUCAGCUGUCUCACCUGCUACAACAGAUUCUUCUGGAGUUUCUUCAUCUUCAUCAUCAGAUCAUUUAAUUAGUAAUGGUAUUCCUACAGGUGUUCCUGGAACAAAUGAAUGGAAUGAAAUGAGUGAUAAACAUUUUUCAAAUUUAUGUGUUUUUCAUGUUCCUGAUAAAAAAAUUGAAAGAUGUGUUGAUGGAGUUAAUAAAGCAGUUGCAUCAUUACCAUUAAAUUUAACUAUAAAGGCAAAAACAGAAAAUGAUGAAACUGCAUUAGCAGUUUAUGCAAUUGAUUCAAUACCAAGAGGAGCUAGAUUUGGACCUGUUACAGGACAAGUAUCAUAUCCAAAAAUGGAAGAUGGUUAUAUAAUGCCUGCUGAAGCUUCACAAGCUGGAUCAAAACAUUCCUCAUCCUCAGCAAUAGCAAAUAUUAAUAAACAUCAAUGGAAAGUAUUUUCAGAAUCUGGAGCUAGAAUAAUUAAAGAAAUAGAUACACGUGAAUGUAAAAAAUCAAAUUGGAUGAAAUAUGUUCAAUUUUCUACAGAAAAAUCAUUACAAAAUUUAGUUGCCUGUCAAUAUGACAAUAAUAUUUAUUUUUAUAGUAUCAAAACAAUUGAAAAAAAUGAAGAAUUAUUAUUUUGGUAUAGUAAAGAUUUAUCACAUCGUCUAAAAGUUCCAUCUUCUUGUGAAUACUGGAAAGAUCAUAUAUCUGAAGUUAAGUCAGAGUGUAAUAAAACAAGUGCAAUUAUAAAUACAUCGACUACUUCUUCUAUGGAGUGUACAAAUAUAAAUAAAAUAAAUGAAACUGCCAAUGUAGGAGCUUUAAUAUCAAAUAUCUCUUCUAAUUUACCUGAAUCAUCUGAUGCAUUGUCAAAAACAAACAUCUCAUCAAUUCUGCCAGAUUUUUUAGCAAAAAAUUCAACUGCCUCAUCUGUAAUCAGACCAAAUGUAAUUCAAAAUCCUGUGCAUCGACCGGUAGCUGUGAAACCAGAUCAAGGAAUCUCAACAUUAUCAUCUGAUAUUCUUAAAAAUUCACAACAUUUAAAUUCAUUCUCAAGUUUAAUACAAGACUAUUGGCGUCGUAUCUCAUUAGCAUCUACUGGUUUAAAUUUUCAAAGGCAAUCUGUUACAUCAACACCAUUACAACCAUUUGUUAAUUCAUUAGCAUCUCAACCACCAACUGCAGCAACGGCUGGAAAUUCAUUAUGGCCAUUAUCAUUUCCAACACCUCAACAACUAUCCUCAACAUCAACAUUAUAUGGUGGUAGAGCAGCAGCAGAAGAUCCUGUUUUACCUCCAUUUGCAGCAACUGCAGCUGCUGGUUCAUCUGUUACAGCUUUUAAUGGACAAACACAACUGCCAAAUCCUUAUCAGUCAUUGUAUAAUGCUGCAUCUCUUGCUAGUAUUACACAAAAUAAUGGAUUAUUAGAUUUUAAAUUUAAUCAAAAUUUUUCUCCAUCAUUAGCAUCAUUAAAUGUUGCAGCAUUACCAGCUAGUAGUCAAACAAACUUGACAGCAAAUAUAACAAAAAAUGAAAUGUCAAUAAAUUUAAUUAAAUCAGAAAAUACAAAUUCUUCCAUUUCUGUUGGAUCCCAAAAUAAUAAUACUAGUGAAUUUAAAUAUUGGCAAUCACCAUCAAAUGGAAAAACACGUUAUGAAUGUAAAGAAUGUAAGAAAACUUUUGGUCAAUUGUCAAAUUUAAAAGUUCAUUUUCGUACACAUACCGGUGAGAGGCCUUUUACAUGCCAUAUAUGUACGAAAGCAUUUACACAAUUAGCUCACCUUCAAAAACAUCUUCUUGUUCAUACAGGAGAAAAACCUCAUCAAUGUCAUGUUUGUGAAAAACGUUUUAGUUCAACAUCUAACUUAAAAACUCAUCUCAGAUUACAUUCAAAUAUAAAACCAUAUCGUUGUGAUUUAUGUGAAGCAAAAUUUACUCAACAUGUUCAUUUAAAAUUACAUAAAAGACUUCAUAUGAAUGAUAGGCCAUUUAAAUGUAAAAUUUGUAGUAAAGCAUAUAUUUCACCUUCAGGUUUAAGAACUCAUUGGAAAACUACUAGUUGUAGUCCAGUUGGAAAUGAACAACAAAUGAUGGAGACAAUGUCAGAGAUAAAUGUUGGUGAAAUAAAAGAAGAAGCAGAUUUUGGUGAAGUAAUGGAAACUAAUGAUAUUGAUAUAAAGAAGGAAGUAUCUAUAUCUUCCAAUUAG